CAAUGACUAACACAGCGUAGAACAAGGUCAUAAGUCUAACACAAGUAGUUAACCACACAACUCGUAAAAAAAAAUUGGGAGUGUGUAAGAUGGAGCCGAACACAGAUCGUCUCCCACUUUCAUCUUCUUCUUCUUUUAAAUCUUCUUCUCUUCCCCCCGACAUUUCCUCUCACCUCGACCUCUACACUAUCCCCAGUCAUUCCUUUUGGUUUUCAUGGGAUUCAAUUCACGACACAGAAAGAAUCGAAUUGAGAGAGUUUUUCGAUGGGAGUUCAUUCACAAGAACCCCUAAAAUCUACAAAGAAUAUAGGGAUUUCAUCAUUUGUAAGUAUAGAGAAGAUCCUUCUAGAAGGCUCACAUUUACUGAGGUUCGUAAAUCAUUAGUGGGUGAUGUUUGUAUUCUUAAUAAAGUUUUUAAUUUCUUGGAUAAAUGGGGUUUGAUUAAUUUUGGUGCGCCGCCGCCACCGCCGCCGACGUCGGCGGUGGUGGAAGGGGUGGAUGAGGAGGUGAAGGUGAGGGUUGAAGAGGGACCCCCAAUUGGGGUUCGGGUUGUCGGAACCCCGAAUACUUUGAAACCAUUGAAGGAACCGCUGUCUGCGCCCGGAGCCGAUGGUGGUGGUGGGGUUGAUAAUGGGUUUAAGUUGCCGCCAUUGGCUUCGUAUUCGGUUGUUUUCGAGGAUUUGGAGGGAGAGAAAGGGGUGGCAUGUGGGAAUUGUAAGGAGAAGUGUGAAUCCAAGUACUAUGAAUGCACUAAGCAGGAUAAAUGUAUACUAUGCUUGAAGUGCUUUGAGAAAGGUGAAUAUGGAGAAAACAAAUCUUCAGAUGAUUUCAAGUUGAAUGACAGCAUAGAAAGCAGUGUUGAUCAAGGUGGUGUGUGGACUGAGACAGAGACACUUCUUCUUUUGGAAGCCAUCCUGAAGCAUGGAGAUGAUUGGGAACUUGUUGCUCAAAAUGUGAAGACCAAAACAAAACUUGAAUGUAUUUCACGGCUUAUUGAGUUGCCAUUUGGGGAGCUCAUGCUGGGUUCCUCGGGAAAGUGUUCUGCCAGGGCACUUGAUGCUGGUCAAGAGCAGAAGGCCUCUGGUCUAUACCAAGAAAAUAGCAAGAUGGAGCUUUGCCAUCAUCAGGACAAUCAACAUCUGGAGAACAAUCAUCAUAAGGAGGAGAAUAAUCAUCAGCAGGAAAUUGUUGUGAGAGAAAAUGCGGAGGACAUUGAGAACCUGGAGCCUCCUUUAAAGAAAAGUCGCAUUGACUCUUCAGAUCCUAGUAGAUCUUUAAUGGAGCAGGUAGCUCUCAUUUCGACCAUGGUUGCUCCUCAAAUAACAGCCACAGCUGCUGAUGCUGCAGUUUCAGUUCUAUGUGAUGGAAACCCCUUGUUGAGAGAGAUUUUCUAUUCAGAUGACCAUAUUUCCAUAGACAAGCAUAAAAGUGGCAAUCUUGAUAUGGAAAUGGAAAGGGCUUUUCAGUCUGAAGAUCAAGAAAUGGACACCUCUCAUCCUUCAGAGAUUGACAAACUAUCGCAAAUUGGAGAUUCUAUCCCUAUAGCACUAAGGAUGAGAGCAGCAGUUGCUACAGCACUUGGAGCAGCUGCUGCUCAUGCCAAGAUAUUGGCUGACCAGGAAGAGAGGGAGAUUGAACAUUGGAUGGCCUUCAUUGUUGAGGCCCAGUUGAAGAAAUUGCAAUGCAAAGUGAAGUACAUGGAAGAUCUAGAAGAUAUGAUGGAGAAGGAACAUGUACUAAUAGAGGAGUCAAAAGACGAUAUAAUUGAACAGAGAUUGGCCACUUUGCAAAAAAAAUUUGAUGCCGGAAUAUUCCGUCCAAGGGAUCAUAAUUUGUAAAAAUUGCAGUCAGGUAGUCUAAAACACCUGUGCUUCUGGUAAUGCUUUUGCUUUGAAGAUAAUUAUUCUAAGCUUUGGCUGGCUUCCAGGAAUGCGGAGCUCCUGUGAUUGCCUCUUUUCUUUUUCUUUUUUUUGAAAGGUGAUUGCCUCUUUUCUCUGUAAUGCCAUGGGAGGUAGAAAUUUGAUCUCCUCCGUGUUGUAUCCAUAAAAUUUUCCAUUUAGAACUGCUGGACAAGUUUGAGUAACAAUGUAAUAUUUGAGCUUCAAAAUGCAAACAGAUCAUGUAAAUAUUACAAUUAUGUUGCUA